GUGCAAACAUACCAGCCUCAGGUCAGCAGUGCCAGUAGACCGACCACAUGAGCCGGAAAUCCUGCUCGCUGGGAGCAUCGCUGACACCGGUGACCUGUCAUAGAUCUGCGGAGCGCCUGCGAACUUGUCCACUGUACAAGACCCAGCUCUACAAGUAAGGAAACCCUCCCUGAUUAUUGACAUCCGCCGAUCGACAGCAUAGCGGAAUUUGGGGUCCAAUCUGCAGGCUGCUGUGCGAAGCUUUGUGUUGAGAAUCGCCCGUGGCUUGUCUGCGUGCAUGGUCAUGUCAUGUUAGGUUUAAAACUCCCCUGCUGCUGGACCUUGGCAGUGCUACCUUUGGCUUUGCGACGCUCAGCGCGAUAUGCAUGACCAUGCAGUUCUCACGAACCACCAACUAACUUUGUGUCCUUUUCCAGUAGAAAAUAGGUGACUACUUCUGUUAUUCUACUCACACUCCCAGGGAUUCCAGCGUCGCUGUGUCAAGAUGAGCUGGCUGCGGGCAGGGAAAACCUAGCACGUGGCGCGUUUAUGACGCAAGAGUGACCGUCCGGAAUGUGUUAUGUAGCAAAGUGCUCAGUCAAAAUUAAAUUUUAAUUUCAACCACAAAUUUUCGCUGCCAUGGGUUAGAGAAGAUGAUAGUGCACAUCACCCUCAACAAACUGAGGAUCCUUUACUGGCUUUAGUGGGUGACUGUACUAGCUAGAGUGGAUGGCUAGUAUCUGCAAUCAUUUCCAAGUGUCCAAGUGAGUAGUUAUCUGGCAUGGUUUACUGGGGACCUUCACCUGCACUGCAUUGGUCAUUGUUACAGUGAGCAGUCUGAACUGGAACUCGGGUGACGAGACACUGAAGAACCAUUCGCACGUGGCCUUUGCACCGUAGAAGGUCGCCCGACCUGCGAAUUUCUCUUGAAUCCCCUUUCAAGUACUAACUCUGUAUAGAAGCACGUGUAAUGGUAAUAGUGCUAAUAGUAUCGCCUUGCCAGACUUCUGAGUUUGCACCCCAUGCCGCCCAUGCUCGUGGCAAUACUUGUAUACUCCACUACAGGCAUUUGUUUGUGCCAUGAAAAUGGCGUGAGCCUCUCUCACGACUGCAUCAUGCAUUUCCACGCGUGAACCUAUAUCUAGGUAUCUGCACCUUGUCCGAGGGGUUGGGUAUAAAAGGAAACCAGUAAAUACAGAAUUCAGGCGAACAUUAUCCGAACACUUCUCAGCGACACCAUCACCACCACCCUCUAGUAGCCUUUGUACAAUUGCCUCGUUCCAAUCUUCUUUGAGAAUGGCCUCGUGUGGUGUACUCCGAGACGCCUGCAUCUUCUGCUUUCCUUGCGUAUAUUGCAUUCUGCUGAUGGCUGCUGUAGUUUGCAGCAAGCCAAUAGCCAACCCGUGUAGUCAACUGGCACUGGCAAAAGACAGAUCCGGUGAGAAUCUUUGUCAAAUAACGGGAAGAACGUACAGUCAAGUCGAGUGUUUCAAGGAGAGAGCCUGCAAGGCAAAAGACGAUUACGGGAAGGAUGCCAUGUAUCUACGUGGUGCAGGCGGAUACUUUUCGCUUGUGGAGCCUGGUCCCAACAGUACACCCUGUCGCAUGUAUGAUCAGGGUGCGUGGAGCAAGAGACUAGGCUAUGCUGUCGCAGUACUGGAUAACAUUCACCAUGCUGAUUAUGUGGCUAAGGCGGUGAAGAACGAAGACAUCAUCAUCGCUAUGAACGCCAGCAGCAGAGAGACCUACUUUCUGGAGGAGUUUCAGUACCUGGCCAAUCGGACUGAAUUCAUCAACAAUCUACUGAUCAAAUUGACAACAGUACUACCCGAUGUGACGAGACAGAACCUUGUUGGCGAGCGGGAUGUUUGUCUAAACACCACUUCAGAAGAGGACUGGCCUCCGCCCAUGGAGGAUACGGAUAGUGAUGCUGAGUACCUCUACUAUCUAUCCGUGUAUAACUACGGUGCGCUGGAUUCAUUAUGCUACACGCUCCAAGUCCUACAUGACGUCAUUCAGCUUGCAUUGAGCGACGGAGUUAUGUGCAAGCUUCCCCCAACUGGCCCCGCUACGUCAGCACCGCUGCAAGGACAUGGGGAAGAGCUGAUCCCGGACGGCGGGACGAGUGCAUAAAGUCACCCAAUGCCAGAAGCGCCCAUGGAUUUAUGUGUACUACCAAGACCAGGAAUCAUGGUGAUUGAAAAGUAUGCCACUAAUCAAGAACAGACUACUAUAAUAAUAAUAAUAAUAAUAAUGACAGUUCGCAUUUCACUCAUUGCAUGAGGUCAACGCAUCUGUUAACAAGUUCGAGCCAAGUAGCUCUAUCAGAAGCAGACUACUAUAAUUAUAAUUAUUUCUAUCCUUAUGCGAAUCGUCACAAGACUUCGCUUGAAAGUACGAGUUUGAGUUAUAAGAAAAGUAUAAUUAUGCCCUCGUAUUCUUCGUUGAAUUAUGUCUCGUUUGGAAACAGUGUACUAUGUGAAUUGUGGACACGAACGCUCCAUUUGCAUGCACAUUGAACCGUCAUUCAGUUAAUUUCAUUGAGUUGUUUACGGUCUUUGUGUCUCAUACCCUUCUUGUGAGAGCCUGAAUACUUUCAAGUAUAACUUACUAACAUGCUGAUAAUGAUGUCUGGGAAAAUGUUCUUGAUAUAAACUCAUCAAUUAAUUCAAAUGUCUGUGUAGCCCUGGUAUUAUGCAGCGUCCAAGUAGGAGAAGUUUAUCGGUUUUCUGAAACGUUCUUACAUGUAUUACACAGUGGACCUAAAAGUCCAUGUUCUCUGUAGUUCGAAUUGCACGGCACAAGUGUAGGCUACUCGGGAUCUGUCAAGGAUUUUGAAUCUUUAUUGACUUCUUCUUCCUGAAUUUA